CAAGAAAUAUUUGUUAUAAGCAAAUACAUUUUCAUCAAAUAUAUGGAAGUUACAGCUCUUUUUUUUUCUCUCAUCUAAAUAGAGUCAAUUCAAUUAGUUCUGUUGUAAGAACUACACCAGAGGUGAAACACAAAUGGCAGGAUUUGCAACUCAAAUCAAAGAAAAAGGAGGCAGAAAGAUUCAAGCUCCAGAAUCUGACAGGUGGUGGACCAGCACCAACUGCUUUAACACCACUUGAGUCAAAGGUUAUUUCUAUCAUUCCCAGAGUUGCCUGCUAUGGAAUUACUGGUGGUAUUGACACCGACAGUGCAUUAGUGUCCUCUGUACAGAUGCCAGAUUUACCUGUUUCUGAGAAUGAAAAUACAGACCCAACUGGAAGUGCAGAUGACACUGUUGAAAUAUUGAUAGACAUGUCAACAGGAAAGGAAAUCAUAAUUAAUGAAAAUGAAGUGACUCUUUGUGGAAAUGACAGCAGACCCAAAGAACGAACAUCACCACCAUCAAAGAAUAGGACUGGAAAGACAGUGGAAUGCGUUGCUGAUUCCACCAGUAGACUGUUAAUGAUAGAAGAGGAAAAGAUUAAAUUGAAAAAAAGAAAAAUAGAGUUAAUGGAAGAAAGCAAUGAAUUGGAAAAAAAGAAACUGAAAUUUUUGGAACUUAUAUCAGAAAAGUUAUCUGUGAUUAAUUAGGUCAAAGUUUAAAUAUUUAUAAAAUUUUAAGACGGUUAGACCCCCCUUCAUUUGCGCCAUUUCAUAGGUGAUACAGGUAACAUAUAACGAGAAAGUUGCAUAUUCAUUGCUUUAUCAUGAAUAAGAUUUGUUUCUACAGUAUUUCUCCUGGAUAAUUGUUCAUACUCAUUUCUAAUACAAAUCUGAGGUUUAGAAUUAUAAAGUGUUCACAUGCUAAAGGUGUAAAGAUGGACAUUGUCAGUUCAGAGACAAACAGAGGAAAUGAGUCUUUUUUUUUAUUAUCACACAUACGGUACAUAGAUUAUUGUAUGCAUUAUAUUAAAAAUCAAACCAUAAAACUUGAAAGCCAGAAUAACAACUGAUAUGGACAGAAUUAUAAUUUUACUAUAGUGUAAAAUGCUUAGAACUGUCUCGUAAUUUUACUCUUUUUUAAAAGUUCAAAGUAACAGAACUGUGCUUUAAUGAAGUUUUAACAUAACUCGUAUGGUUUUAUGCUGACUGAUUUCUGAGGAAUAUGUUUUAUUAUGCAAACAAAAAUUGUCUUUACCAUUAAAAGUCUUUUUUGAAAUAAUAUAAAUUUUUUAUACUAUUUACCUGUAUUCACCUGUAUUAUUGGAAUAAAUGAAAGGUUUUUAUUUUUGGCGCAAAUGAAAUAUGGUUUGAGGCGCAAAUGAAAUGCCAAUUGGUGCAAAAGCAAAGCACCGCAACAUGCCAAGAUACUAGAUACAUAGGCUAAUAAUAUGAUAAUUCAUAAGGGGUCAAUCUCUUCACAAGCAUUAUAAAAUAGUAAUAUGGAUUCCUACACUGCAACAAAUGUGUUACGAUAUUUCUCAACUCGAGACAGUUAAAUUUAUUAUUUAAAGCGCGAGGCUUGCAAAGCUUUUUGGUUAAUUAAAAUUUAACUGUUGAGAGUGGCGAAAUAUCGUAAUACACAAGUUAUAGUGUAGGAAUCUGUUUCUCUAAUGAUUUUCCCCUCUUUUUCCAAGAUUUUAAGAAAGUUGUGUUGUAUAUAUGCAACGUCAUCAGGCAUGGUCGCCUUUUUUUCAUGAUGUCACAAUAGGAAAAUUCAGAAGAAACCAAGAAAUCUCGAUUUCAUAAUCAAAUUUCGACUAAUCAUUUGACGAUAACAGAUAUUUCACGAGUGAGGAGAAAUAUUUUGCUCACACCGCUCAAGAAAUGUGAAAAUAGCACAAAAAUUAGAGAAAUAUAUUUUUUAAACUAUUGACAAAAUAUAAACAAGUUUUUUAAGUGUUUAAAUAGACAUCAUUUAACCGAACAUUUUCCUAUUUAUCAUAUAAAUAAAAGAUAAAUCUAUAUAUACCGGUGAAUCACCUAGUGGUCAUUUUCAAACUAUGUCUAAAGGAAAAGAUGAGAAAAUGCAUAUAUCUUAAAA